UCACUGGUGUCAGUAAUCACAGCCCCUACGGCUUAUUGGUUAAAGCCUUAAUCUUAUCAGCGGGAUACGGUUGUUUUUAACGCCACGGUGAAGGCGGGGAGCCUCGGACGCCGCAGAGCUGCGUAAGACUGCUUCAAUUCGUCCCAGCAAUAACACCGCGCUGCCUUCAGUGUCUGUAGCGUUGUUUAACGGGAUACGAAUAUGCGGCGCGGUUAUUUCACUGCGUGCGGCAUUCGUUGUAUGAUGACAGACAGUCACAGCCAGUGUGCUGGUAGCAGCCUGAUCGGAAAGCAUGGGGUUCAGGCUCAGAGCCAAGGGACAACAGACCCACAAGAUGGCGAUUUUCUUGGCCGUCUUCAUCCUAACGGCGCUCCUCAUUCUGUACGGCUCCAACAACAACAAUGACGCCUUCUACGGUCCUUUCCAUGUGUCCACCAGUCACGCCCUCAAGAUCACAAACCUGAAGACGUGGGCCGGGAAGGAGGGUUACGUGUCAGUGUACGGGAACAAGAGUCUGAACCUGCGCUGUCACCAGUGUGCGCUGGUGACGAGCUCCAGCCACGUCCUGGGGAGUCGAGCCGGGGACGAAAUCGACCGCACGGAGUGCGUGAUCCGCAUGAACGACGCGCCCACGCUGGGCUACGCCGCCGACGUGGGGAACCGGACCACCCUGAGGGUGGUGGCCCACUCCAGCGUGUUCAGGGUGGUGCGCAGGCCCAGUGAGUUCCUGCAGCGCACAGACAGCAGCCCGGUGAUCAUCUUCUGGGGGCCGCCCAACAAGAUCGGGAAGGACGCCAAGGGAACCUUGUACCGGCUGAUCCAGAGGGUGAGCAUGAGCUCCGGCAACCUGUCCUGCUUCAGCAUCGCGCCCAGCAAGAUGCGCAGGUUCGACAGCCUGUUCCACAGAGAGACGGGCCGGGACAGACAAAAGUCCCACUCAUGGUUGAGCACAGGCUGGUUCACAAUGGUCAUAGCUAUUGAGUUAUGUGACAACAUCAAAGUAUACGGGAUGGUUCCACCGAACCACUGUGGGAAAAAGACCGCGUCUAAGAAGAUGCCGUACCACUACUACAAACCCAGGGGCCCCGACGAAUGUUUAACAUACCUGCAGAACGAGAGCGGGCGAAGGGGGAACCACCAUCGCUUCAUCACAGAGAAGCAGGUGUUUGCACGCUGGGCGAAGCAGUACAACAUCACCUUCAGCCACCCAACGUGGUGAAGCGACGGAAACGCUGCGGUCUCAUUGAGCAGGUGAUCGGCAGCUUGUGAUAAACUAGUACUGGGCCAGAGGUCUGGAAGGAAGUCCACCCACUUCUUUGGAACGGCGCCACAUGCUGACACAGUACGUGCUCCUCACCAGCGAGUUCCAGCCCCAUUGUUGUAAAUAGAAAAUGAAUUUAAAGAUUUUUUAUAUGUUUAUAAUAUUUUUGUUAUGUAUGAAAGUUGGUUUCCGUACCUGUAAGUGUUUCAAUUAGACACGAUCAAGUGCCCUGAAAGAUCCAUUAUAAAAGGUCCAAUUGGUUCAUUACAGACAUUAUAUUCAACAGUGUGGAUGAUUCUCAAGCACUGAAGCUUGUUCCACUUUGCUAAUUUAACAUUGUAGAUUUAAAAAAAAAAAAUACAACAACAACAUUGCCGCUCCCACUUCACCGACUCUCGCUGUUGAAGCAGACAGACAUAAAAUCCGAGAAACAUGCUGAUACAUACAAAACAAGCUUUGGCCUCUCAAUUAGCAAAUUACUUCCUUGUUGCAUUAGAUGUUAAUUUGAGUGUUUAUUGUGCCAAUUGAAAGAAGGAACCUAAAAGUGCUGCCUCGCAAACUAAACCCUUUUACCUUAAUGACAUUUCAGUGCAUGCAGCUGCAGUUCACAUGCGUCAUUGUCGUCCGAUGGCAUUUAGUACGUCGCUCUUAGAAAUGCACGAUUAAAGUAAUGUAGAAACAAAGCUGAAAAAGGCCUUUUUUGCAAGUUAUGAAUUUGUCUCUAUUUAGCAGAUCAAUCUAUCUUUAAGAAAAUAUAUAUGAAUGCAAUGACUAUUUUACUUUACCUUGAAUUGCCUGCUAUAUUUAUAGAUUUACUUUAAGAACAGAUUAUUUAUUUUGCUAAUUAUGACUAGAGUUGAAAUAUUUGCAAGCCAAAACAGUUUUUAAACACUUGCUCACAUAAUUAAUGAUCAAAGUAUUAGAAACAACUGUAAAUACAAAAGAACACAACAGCAACAAAACAGAUCCCCCACAACAACAAAAUUAGGGUCAGGGUCACUCAUCUCACCGGCUUAAUUAAAAACGAGCCUUUGCAGGACUGUUGUAUUUGACUGUAUUAAUUUAAAUUAAUGAACCUAGAGAAGAGCAUCAUCCAUAACUGUCCCAGGACUUUACAGGCUUCGCAUCUGGCCUUCAGAUCAUAUGUGUCAUGCUUGCGUGGAUGAAGACACGUAACGCACGUGGCAUGAAUGCAACUGGAAGACAAUCUGAUGAACUGGGUUGUAGGAGCCAACGCUGGUGUUUUUAAAAGAUUAAAAAUGUAACUCUGC